AUGCGUCUCACUAUCAUCCUUAUCUCUGCGUUGUGUGGUGUCGACGCCGCAUGGCUUCGAUGGACAGAGGACUCGAACCCUUCAUGGAAGCCUCCACGAGAGACAGCGUCCGCUACCUUGGAUGGAGCAUCGGGGUGGACGCCAAGACCAACACAGGCUCCAGGUGUAAAGUCGGAGGGCGAGGCCGUAUUGGAGCUGCUAAGACGGGAUACCUUCACCACUACCAAUUGGACGAACUCGGAAACCUGCGGCUGGGUCUCAGGGUCAUCUUCCUAUCCAUGGACGUGUGGAAACGGUGCGUCCUGCGCAACCAAUUCCGAGCACGCUGUUGCUUGCGUCUCAGGUGACUAUCAGCCUUUCUACGUUUCUUGCUUCGACUUUGAAGCAAGCCAAGCCGGUUCUUGCGAUAGUCUGGGAUCAGCCACUGGAUGCUGUCAAUCCUCCCAGAACCCAGCAUGUGUGACUUACAUCUGGACUGGGCUGCCUGUCCGGUCCAUGUUUCGCUGCGGUACAUCUACGGCUGUUACAUCUAUACUGGACGAACCACAGUUUGUUAUAGAUGCUUCAAUAUCUGCUUCACGUUCAUCACAGUCAGCUGCUAGUGCAUCAUCAGAAUCAGCAGCGAGGGAAUCUUCGCUGGCCUCCGAAGCUUCGAAGUCCUUGGGGGCUUCUGGAACAGGUGCCGGCGCAGCAGCGACGUCCGAUCCGCUCAAAACGUCUCCAACUACCAGUUCGACAACCAACACCACCAACGUAGGCGCCAUCGUUGGGGCUGUGGUAGGGAGCUUGCUCGGCCUUCUCCUUCUGCUGCUCUUGCUGUACUGUUGCUGUUGCCGGAGGAGGAACAAGACGAAGAAGAACACAUACAAUCUGUCUUGGAAGAAGAAGAACAACGAGAAGACGACCGUUUAUGGCAGUCGCAGAGAGGAGCGGAGCGAGGAACGCAAGAAGCAUGGCCGUAAAGGAAGCGGAGAGAAACGCCAGAAGCCAAGGCGCAGAGACGACGGGGAGGCAUACGCUCCCGCUGAGAGGGAAUAUUACAGCAAGUCCUAUCCGGAUCCGCCAACGGCAGCCCACCUCCAUGGUGGUGGCACGACCGUCUACGCACCGCAGUAUCAUUUCCACCUUGGCGGCAACUCCGAUGUGGAGUCGCGGGGUGACAGCAUUGAGAAAUAG